GCUUUCACACAACCCCCCACUUAGUAAUUAUUAUCGCCAUUACAGGCGGACUGUGGGUGUCGAACAACUUCCUUCAACCGCAUAUUCACCCUCUCUCUGCCCUUCUUACUUCUCCCCUCCCUCAUACCAAUUUCCUUCCCUUUCCCUUCACUUAAAUUCCCCGUCUCCCGAUAUCUUCUACUCGACACUCUCGAGACCACACCUUCGCCAUGGCCUCCCAAGCGGCCUCCCAGUCGAACCUUCAGGCGACACAUCCCUUCACCUGCAACACAUGUCAGGUCGCCUUCCGCUCCGGCGAGUUGCAGCGUGCGCAUAUGCAGACUGACUGGCAUCGCUACAAUCUCAAGCGCCGCGUCGCAUCUUUACCACCCCUCUCCUCCGAAAUCUUCACAGAAAAGGUUCUUGCUAAUAAGGCUUCGGCUGCCGCAACUGCAGCCAAGGCUUCCUUCGAGAAGGCCUGCCAGCCAUGCGGAAAGACCUACUUCAGCGAGAAUGCGUACAAUAAUCACGUCAACAGCUCAAAGCACAAGGCAAAUGUGGCCAAGGCAAGCAGAAGUCACUUCGACGACUCAGCCUCCGUCACUGGCUCCGUGAUGAGCUCAGCAUUGUCACUCGGCGAUUCUCUGGCAGAGUCCGAGACCACUCAAACGGACGACAAGGACGUCGCGGACGUCGCGGACGGUCUCAAGCAGACCAAACUAGACGAAGAUAAGGCUUCCGUCACUUCCUCCAGCAAGCCUGCGCCCGAGCCCCUCCUGGAUUGCCUCUUCUGCAAUUACCGCUCGCCCAGCUUUGCCCUCAGCCUCAACCAUAUGGACAAAUUCCAUGGAAUGUUCGUGCCAGAGAAGGAGUUCCUCGUCGAGCCCGAAGGAUUGAUCAAGUACCUGCACCGUAAGAUCCACAAGAAGCACCAAUGCAUCAAGUGUCACAAAGCUGUACACACAGCAACCGGCAUACAGACCCACAUGAGGGACCGCGGCCAUUGCAUGAUCGCCUUCGAGGAUGAUGCAGAGCUUGUUGAGAUUGGCCAAUUCUACGACUUCAGGAGCUCGUACCCUGAUGCCGAGGAGUUUGAAGCCAUGGAAGAGGAGGAGUCUGACGAGUCGCAAUCUACCACCGGUGGCGGAGUCAAGCUGGGUGCACCACGCAAGGCCGUCAUUGAUAGUUCCGGUCAAGAGGAGGACGAGGGCUGGGAAACCGACAGCACUGUGUCGAGCGUACCAACAGACGAGAUCACUUCCGUGCCGAUUGACGACCGAUCACACCGGUACAAGUUGCUUUCGCAGUCACGACACCAUUCCCAUGGCGAUCCGCGACCCCACCGCAGUGUCGAUGGAUACCACUCCCACGCCCAUGCCACUCCUGUUGCAGUGUAUCACGACGACUAUGAACUCCAACUUCCUUCCGGACGCACUGCUGGUCACCGUUCUCUGAACAAGUACUACCGCCAGAAUCUCCGCAACUAUCCUGGAGUCGCCGAGCGCAUGGAGAACGCACAGCGCCGACUUGAAGCCGGCUCCGAAUCUGAUGAGGAACGUGGAGACCCACACCGUCGUGGCCGUGACCGCCAGGUUGCCACUCGGGCCGAGGGCGGAUUGGGAAUGAUUGGCGUCAGUGACGCGAAGAAGCAAGAGGUUCGCACAAUAGCGCAGAGGGAACAAAAGCGGGCAGAUCGUGCACGGAACAGGAUUCAGGCCGUGAAUGAGAGGAAGGGCAACCAACAGAAACACUACAGGGAUCCUCUCCUUCAGUGAUCAAUCUUCUGGAUGUUUUUUCUUUUUCACUGUUUGGACAGCGUGGGCCGGUCUGCUUGCUCUGGCCUCGAUCACGAAUUUAAUGUCACUUUUGCAUGGUAGGCGUUCAAUAAGAACCAUGGGGGAUGCCGGAGGUACCAUGGAUGCUAUCAAAAAAAAAAAGGAAGCCGUACCCCUUAGAGUGUAGUGCGGUGAUACACUGGGUGGCG